CACCUCUGUCUCUCACCUUGGACAAACUCUCCUCCUACGGCGAACUGCCGACCACCUCUCCUUUCUGUUUUGCUGGUCAUCAACACUGACUGCACUCUUGGUUGUUUUAAUUCCUUUUUUGUCUGUUCUCCCUUUGGUCUUCAAUUCUGGUGUCAUCGUAUCUGGGGACAAUGUGGUUCAGCGCGUGGUUGUCGGCCUUGUGCCUGGCAACACUUGCUCUUGGAGCCACCAAGCAGGAUAAGCAAGAUGACAGUGGGAGUACAAUCAAGAGCAUAGGGCUGCGAACCCACACCCUGCAACAGCCUUACCUCGACUCUGACAUGCAAAGUCGCUGGUAUGACUUUGGAGGUGAUGCAGUAGUGAGGACGGAUGCGUACAUUCGGCUCACCUCUGACCAGCCCUCGCAGAUGGGCUGGUUGUGGUCCAAGGUCCCGCUGACCGCGACGAACUGGGAGAUCGAGGUCGAGUUCAAGAUCCACGGCAAGGGCAACCUCUUCGGUGACGGCUUCGCCAUGUGGCUCACCAAGACGCGCGCGCAACCGGGCCCCGUGUUUGGCAGCGUGGACAACUUCGAGGGGCUGGGCAUCUUCUUCGACACGUACAAGAACAACCGACCGGGCACCGUGUUCCCCUACGUGAUGGCGAUGGUUGGCGACGGCCAAACCUCAUACGACAAGAACACGGACGGCAAGCAGCAGGAGUUUGCGGGGUGCUCGGCCCGGGGCAUUCGACACUCGGCCGUGCCGAGCAAGUUCCGCCUGACGUACUUCCAGGACAAGGAGCUCCGGCUGGAGCUGCAGUACAAGAAGGACGGCGACUGGAUCCUGUGCUUCGAGACCUUCCAGCCCCCGGCCAUCCCCAACGUGGCGUACCUGGGCUUCAGCUCCGAGACGGGCGAGCUGAGCGACAACCACGACAUCGUCUCCAUCAGCGCCAAGAACCUGUACCAGUCGAACCCCUCGUCCACCCCCGGGAGCAGCAGGAGAAAGAGGCCCAACCCUAAGAAGAAGGGCGGCAGCUGGCUUUGGUUCUUUGGCAAGAUCAUCCUGUUCAUCCUCGCGGCCGGCGGUUCCUACGUGGGCUAUACUGCGUGGCGUGCCAACACCGCGCGGCGAAGUCGUUUCUGAGAGAGGCGCGAAGAAGAGGCGUAGUGGUGGCUUUGAGCGGCAUCUGGGUGGAACAGGGAAGGGUUCAACGAUGGACGUGUUGGGAAAUGAAUGACUGUGACGAUCGGAAGAAAACAUUCCAAUUGUGCCGAAGGGAGAUUCAUUCACCUUUUUUUCUUUUCUUUUUCUCACUGCACAGGUCCUGGGAGUUCAGGGAGAAGAUUCAGAUCAAAAAAAAAAUAAAUAAAAAGUAACAUG